AGCCGCCAUGUUGGGAGCGCGGCGGUGGCGGCGGCGGCGGUAGGUCGGGCCGCGCCUCAGGCCCCGGCGGCGGCGCCAUGAGCGGGGGGACCCCCUACAUCGGCAGCAAGAUCAGCCUCAUCUCCAAGGCGGAGAUCCGCUACGAGGGCAUCCUCUACACCAUCGACACCGAGAACUCCACCGUAGCCCUCGCCAAAGUUCGUUCCUUUGGUACAGAAGACCGACCAACAGAUCGGCCUAUACCGCCUCGUGAUGAAGUCUUUGAAUAUAUUAUUUUCCGUGGCAGUGACAUUAAAGACCUCACUGUUUGCGAGCCACCGAAACCACAGUGCUCUUUGCCUCAGGACCCGGCUAUUGUUCAAUCUUCUCUAGGAUCUUCUUCUUCUUCAUUCCAAUCAGUGAGUUCCUAUGGUCCUUUUGGUAGGAUGCCGGCAUAUAGUCAGUUCAGCCCAAGUCCAUUAGUGGGACAGCAGUUUGGUGCUGUUGGUGUUGCUGGUAACUCGCUGACAUCUUUUGGAACAGAGACAUCAGCUGGUGCUACCUUAUCCCAAAGUAGUACAGUUGGUUCUGCCUUCACACAAGAUGCAAGAUCUUUAAAAACACAGUUAUCUCAAGGUCGUUCAAGCCCUCAGUUAGACCCUUUGAGAAAGAGCCCAUCCGUGGAACAAGCAGUACAGACCGCUUCGGCCCACUUACCUACUCCAGCACCUGUUGGGAGAAGGAGCCCUGUAGCAGCCAGACCUUUGCCAUCUGCAAGCCAAAAAACAAUAGAGAAUCAAGAGCACAGGCGAGCGGAAGCACACAAGGUGUUGAGACCAGAGAACGAACAACUCAGAAGUGACAGCAAGAGACAAGCAGUUCCAGGUGGCCCUUCUGCCCGGAGAGGCCGCGGGGGCCAUCGUGGGGGCAGAGGAAGAUUUGGUAUCCGGCGGGAUGGCCCGAUGAAGUUUGAGAAGGACUUUGAUUUUGAAAGUGCUAAUGCUCAGUUCAACAAGGAGGAAAUUGACAGAGAAUUUCAUAAUAAACUUAAAUUAAAAGAAGAUAAACUUGAGAAACAGGAGAAGCCUAUAAAUGGCGAAGAUAAAGGUGACUCAGGGGUUGACACUCAAAAUAGUGAAGGAAAUGCUGAUGAAGAGGAUCCGCUGGGACCUAAUUGCUAUUACGAUAAAACCAAAUCCUUCUUCGAUAAUAUCUCCUGUGAUGACAAUAGGGAACGGAGACCAACCUGGGCCGAGGAGAGGAGACUAAAUGCCGAAACGUUUGGGAUUCCCCUGCGUCCAAACCGUGGCCGUGGAGGCUUCAGAGGUAGAGGAGGUAUUGGCUUCCGUGGCGGCAGAGGCCGUGGGGGAGGAAGAGGCGGCACCUUUACCGCUCCUCGAGGAUUUCGUGGUGGAUUCAGAGGUGGCCGAGGGGGCCGGGAGUUUGCUGACUUCGAAUAUAGGAAAGACAACAAAGUUGCCGCAUAGUCUACAAGAAAGUCUUGGCACAAGGUGAACUUCUCGGUCUUCAUGGAGAAUUUGUCUCAAUCCUUUCAAAGAAUGAAGAAGAUGAAUUUGCUUGUAUACUUGUCACCAGCACUGGGGGUUUAACUGCUCAAUUUCGGAGGUGUAAUGCGGUUACACUUUUGAAAAAUGGCCAUCUUUGAAAAUGUUGAGCAUUAAUUAUAUUUGGAAUAGCAGAAGGAUAAUUUCUUACAUAUAAACACAAACUAAAGCAGUACGAUGGAAUUUAUGUAUUUUUUCAUCAUUGAGGAGCUUUCUUAUUACUAAAUCGUAUUUGAUAAUUACUGCGAGGUGUAUGCCGAUGGGGCCGUCGAUACUGUGAGUGUUUUGAGCCACAGAAGGUUGUUUUUAGGAAAAUCCUGUACUCUUAUCCCUUUUGAGGUAGCUGUACUUUGUCAACUAAUUAGGGUGCCGGUCAGUAGAGAACUUUGUCGGUCAACUAUGUACACACAGUAAAUACUGUUUCUUAGGCAAAGGUACCUUUUUUUAUAGAGUUGUAAAAUUCCAUUAUGCCCCAUUGCCAAAGAAACAUUAAAAUCUUUGUAUAGCUGUAUAAAAAGCAACUAAUUUUUUAAAGAAUAAACGUUUUUAAGUCAGCAAACAUACUGUGUUAUUGCAAAAGUUGACAAUGUUAAGGAAUACUGAGUUAGUGGUGUUUUUUUCUUUUUCUUAGCUUUUCAGGCUUUAAAUCUGUUUGAUUUUUAUAUUUGGAAUAUAAAUGAAGAUUUGAUAUGUUCUGCCAUGAUACGAAACAGGCUAAAUUCUUCAUUCACACUUGUAAGAACUGCAUUUUGUAGAUCUGUGGUCUGUCACAGGACUGUCCAAAGGUAAAGAACUUUUCGAGAAGGUCACAAAUAAUCAUCUAUCAGAAUGCACUUAAGUUUUCUUGGUACAUUUUUUUUUUAAUUGUUAUGAUUAUUUUAACAAAAUGAGACUGGGCAUGAGCGAGUUUUCUCUUCCUGUGCCUGAGACUUAAAGAAGCAUAUGCCAGUUCUUGAAACUUUUUGCGAUAUCUAUAAAACCCAUUGCAGUCAAUAUGAAAGAGAAUCCUGAGUGCUGCAUUUUGAUAGCCCGUAGGACAUUGAAAUAAAGCACUGGUGUUUAGAUCAGUAAACCACAAGUGACUCAGUAUGGAGUUCAUUGCCAAUUAAAUAACCAGUACAACUUUUUGAUAUUAAGUUAUGGGGAGGGGGAAGGUCUGGUCUAUUCGUAUAUUUAUAUGAGGGCCGCAGGGAUACAGGGAUCCAAAGAUUGAAACAGUUUUAAAAUCUGAUUUGAUUUUAUUAACUUUAUUCUCAAGAUGUUCAGGAGUAAUAAAGUCAUGGAGAACUGCACUGUAGGCAAAUUGGACUAUUUAAGGUGGUUGAUAAUCUUAUCUACUUUAAUUUUAUAUCUUUUGUAUAGCACUAUGAGGAAGUAUUUUGUAAUUUGGUUUCCUGAUGGAGGUCCAGUAUUUUGCAGCCAUAGUUUAGAGAAUAUUGUUUAGUAAUAUUUGUUUGCAUGUUAACAAUACCUUUGAGGAUCCACAAAUCAUGAUACUGAACAAUUGUUUGAGGUUUCUGACCAUAAAAGCAAGUGCUGUACUGUUGCAAUAACUGUUAGAGUGUCUGAGUUGUCCCAGGCGUAUUUAAACAAGAUAAAUUGUAAAUAAUACCAAUGAAAUAUGCUGUGAAGGUAUGAGUUGAUGAGUUUUUCUCCCCAACCCCUUGGGAUAUUAAUGGGGUGUCUUUGUACUCCAGUAACUGGCAGCAUGGCGUACCUUCUGUGUACCUUGCUACAUGAGUGAGUAAGGAUUUUUAUUCUGACAGAAUAAAACAGCUCAGUAAAGUAUUUGUGAAAGUUUUUUCUCUUACCAUAAUAAAAACAAAUAUGUAUCGAAAACAAAGAAUCUUCUUCAAGUAGUCUGAGGUGGGAAGGAAUUGUGGGUGGGUUCUUUGAAAUAUUUGGACUCCGGGAAGUGGCAGGUUGAAUGUUGAGUAUAAUUUCUGAAAGAUGUCAGAUAUCUGCCUGAUCUCUCCAAUGACCUGGAAAGUCAGGGACUGGAAUAAGUGUCUAUUUCACUUGGUCAACAUUGCUGGGAUUCAUCUGAAAAGCUAUUUUGUUUCUCGGGAGUCCAGAGAUCCUACAGUUUAUUUAUUAAAAAUCCCUCCAGCUUUCUCUCCAUUUGGCUUCCCCCACCACCACCGCUGGCUGUGAGGGAUGGGACAGAGCAUCAACUGCUCGUGUGCAUUAUUUACUAUAAAUGCAAGGGAGUCCAAACAGCCUAAGGCAUUAUUGACUGUAGGUCCAGGAGAGGAAAAAAGCAAUCAGCGGUCUGAAGUUUUACACUUUUGGGGGGGUGGUGAGGAGAAAAGUUAUACAGUCCAUAUUGUCCCUACUCCUUUCUUUAGAUGUUCUCCCCCUACUUACAUUUAUCAUUAUUGUUAUUAUUAUUAUUAAAAAAGGGGGGUACUGCCAUUAGAAUGGAGGUUGGUCAGCGUAAGGUUCAAGAGUGUUUUACAUAUGCCUAAGAAAAUGCUUAAUGAGUGCUUUAAAAAAAAAACCCAUCCUGGCUAACUAUAGAAAUGCUAGAAGUUGUUUAAUCGUACUAAAAAGGACUGUGGUUUUUGCUUUCAUCAACAGCAUUUAUUGAUACGUUACUGGUUGCCAAGCAUGGUACUGGAUUCUUGGGAAGCUAAAAUAGGAUCUUACAAUCUAAUGGAAACAAAUGGGCACAAUCUGCCGCAUGUACGUCGGUAAGAGCAUAGAUCCCCAAAUAAGUUAACUUUUUAAUAAACAUACGCAUUUGAGCGCUUGAAGAAAGAUGGGAUUAAGGAAUGUGUAAAAUGAAGGGGAUCAUUUUGAGGGCCUAUGGAGGUGGGGAGAGUAUGGUUUCGUGCACUUGGUGGGGCAGGGAGCUCUAGACAGGUGAGUAAAGAGAAACCAGGUUUUUGAGAUUAAGAAGAAUAUCUUUUGGAAACACCCAAGAUGACUUUGCCGAGUUCUGAAUUUUCCUGGGAGGUCUUAUUGCUGAGCUUGUAAAAUGUAAUGUGUUCACAGGCUAAAGUGAUAAUGGUUUGAGCUGGGUGUACAAUUUCAGCAUGGCAAUCAUUUUAGAAAUGUAAGUGUAAUUGAUUUGAAUUGGAACCAAUGUGUAAAAACCAAGCACUCUCUCUUGAUGCUCUAUGGCCUAAUGCCAGUUUGCAACUUUUGAGUUAUCAGGUGUUUGCUCAUUCAAGAAAUAAAUACAUGAAAUUAU